UCCUGCGUCACAGGCCAUCUCCACCAACCGAGAGACGCUCGUGCUUUGGCUCCAUGUCCCGUUAUAACGGGACACACGCCGCACCGUCGAUGUCGACCUCCACCUCCAGGCUGAUGUUUAUUAACGCCAAGGCCGGGCCAGCGCUCGCGCGGUCGGCGGCGGACCUUCCCUUCAAGCCGCUGUACCUCAGCCGGAGACUCCGGUCCUCGACCUCCGCGACCGGCGGCGGCGCUGAACAUGACUCGGCCCGGUCGCCGGGGAGAGACGGGCCCGCCGCCUCCGUAGACUUCGACCAGACGCAGAGGGCGUAUAAGAGCAAAGACUCACUAGAGCUGCUCAGAAGUUUGGUGGUUUUCAAACUCUGCUCCUAUGACUUCCUGGUUGAAAAGAACACAGAGAUAAUGACCCUCGGUAAGAAGAUCCUGGGCCAGCGAGCCUUCGACCAACUCAUGAAGAUGACAUUUUACGGGCAGUUUGUGGCCGGCGAGGACCACUUGGCCAUCCGGCCGCUGAUCCAGAAGAAUCAGGCCUUCGGCGUUGGCUCCGUCCUGGACUACAGCGUGGAGGAGGACAUCAGCCAGGAGGAAGCCGAGCAGAAAGAGAUGGACUCAUGUGUAUCCGCUGCAGAGAAAGAGAGCAUAGGGGAGGACCACAGAGAGAAAAAAUACAAAGCGCACAAACAGUUCAGCGAUCGUCGGGGGGGCGUGACUGGAGCCCGCACGUAUUUCUACGCCGAUGAGGCCAAAUGUGACCAGCACAUGGAGACUUUCAUCAAAUGCAUCAAGGCAUCUGGUGGGAGUUCGAUGGACGGUUUUUCUGCCAUCAAGAUGACCGCUCUAGGACGGCCUCAGUUUCUGCUCCAGUUCUCAGAGGUCCUGGUGAAAUGGCGUCAAUUCUUCAGCUUCCUGGCUUCACAGCAGGGGGGAGACGGCACGGAGGCCUUAGAGCAGAGGCUGGAGCUGAAACAACUGCAGGAGUUCCUGACCACACUGGGUGCAAAGGGUGACCUGUAUGGCUGGUUCACUGGGAAGAAAGAGCAAAGUCCAGGAACCAUAGACAUGCUCGACUGGAACAGCCUAAUAGACGACAGAACCAAGAUAUCGGACCUGCUGGUUGUCCCCAAUGUGGAGCUAGGUGAGCUGGAGCCGCUGCUGAAGGCGUUCACCGAGGAGGAGGAGAAGCAGAUGAAGAGGAUGUUGCAGCGCAUGGACGUCCUGGUCAAGCAUGCCAUUGAGAAUGGUGUUCGCCUGAUGGUGGAUGCAGAGCAAACCUACUUCCAGCCGGCUAUCAGCAGACUGACAUUAGAGAUGCAAAGGCUCUACAACAAAGACAAGCCUGUCAUCUUCACCACCUACCAGUGUUAUCUGCAGGAGGCCUACGACAACGUUACUAUGGACGUGGAAUUGUCUCGCCGGGAGGGUUGGCACUUUGCUGCAAAGCUGGUGCGUGGGGCCUACAUGUACCAGGAGCGGGAGAGGGCCAAAGACAUCGGUUACGAGGACCCUAUAAACCCCGAUUAUGAGUCCACCAACAUAAUGUACCAUCGGUGUCUGGACUAUGUGCUGGAUGAGAUCGCCCUCACCAGAAACGCCAACGUUAUGGUGGCUUCCCAUAAUGAGGACACAGUGAAACACACCUUGAGGAGAAUGAAUGAGGUCGGUCUCUCCGCCAGAGAGAACAAGGUGUACUUCGGUCAACUCCUGGGCAUGUGUGAUCAGAUCAGCUUCCCGCUGGGCCAGGCCGGCUUCCCCGUCUAUAAGUACGUCCCCUACGGGCCGGUGAGCGAGGUGAUGCCCUACCUGUCUCGGAGAGCCCAGGAGAACCGAGGUUUCAUGAAGGGGGCCUUGAAGGAGAGGGAGCUGCUGUGGAAGGAGCUGAAACGCAGACUCGCCUCUGGGGAGCUUCUCCACAGACCGGUGUUGUGAAAACAGAGAAGAGGAGAUAGAGAGAGUGUGUGUCAACGUGUCCACUUCUUAUUUCUUAUUUAUUUUAUCUUCUCCCUGUUGACGGCCGCUGCUGUGGCUGUCUGUUCCGUCUCUCGCUCUGAACAGCGCUCCCCUGGAUGUUCAUCUCCUGCUCCACCCUGUCCUGGAGUUUUCAUGCCGAUGGACUCUCUGGGUUUUCCUCCUUUUCUAUUCCUCUCCGUUACACCUUCACCCCCCCACACACACCUUUUAUUUUGCGUACCACCCAUGUCCUCUCUAUUUAUUUUCCUUAUCCGCCUCUGCAUCCGUAAGUAUUCCUCAUUUUGUCUUGCCCGUUGUCUACAGAGCUCUGCUAUCCAUCAAGUGGGCAUCUUUACUGCUCCAAAAGGACUCCCUAAAAUGUCAACGAGAUCUGGGCGGGCGUCCCGGUUUAUCACCCCAUUGAUCUUGGAGAGAGACAACAAUAAUAAAAAUAACAGUCUUGAUUUAAUUGGCAGUAAAGGAAACAUCAAUAUCUGCUCCCCCCCCCCCCCCACACUAUAUUAAGGUGUUUUCUUUUUAUUUCUUUUGGACUGUUGGACAGUUGGUGUGUUUGAGGUCGCUCGUUAGAAAACGAUGCCCGUUUAUGAAUCAAUUAGAGAAAGUACAGGCUGCUCAUCCCCCUUCUUCUCAGAGUGCGAUGCCUUUGGUAUCGUGUGUGUACCGGACGAAGCCGUAUUAUCGGAGCUCAGUAUUGCAAGUCUGGGAGGUUGAAAUAAUACGUGACACGGCUGCCUUUUGGCCUUUUGCGUGUUGAUGGAAUAACACGCACGGUUUGUAUCUUUGGCAAUGUAAAUAUAUCUGAAGCAGGUAAUUACACUUGUUUGUUUUACUCGCCUCACUUUACAAACCUGUGAUAUUUCUCUAUGAAUAAAUAUGCCUCGUGUGCACAGCAAGA